AUGUGUGGGGAAUCUGAUAGCCGAACUGAACUGAUGGAUGGGUUGGAUAAGCCAGCCAGCAUCGAAGAGUCAAUCCAAGCUGUAAUCAUGUCAUCUCAGAAUUGUGAUAAGCCACUUCCUCAAGAACAGAGCAGCACACCUGAGUGGAGGAGUGUUCUGAGGCCACCACUCUGUGACCUUGAAACUUGUAUCUGGGCUUUGGGUCCUCUGCAGUGUAAAGCUAAUGUUGGUGUAACUGUCAAGCUGAUUUUCGGUCUUCGUUCUUCUAACUUUUCUUUUUCCCUUUAUCAUAUAAAUGGUCAUCUAAUAAUACUGCUUGCUUGUGAUGAUCGAUGUUUUAAUGAUACCAGCGCCACCUGGAGGAGGCUGUGGGUGACAGAGCUCAACGAACCUCUCUCCAAUGAAGAUCGAAACCUCCUCUCUGUGGCCUACAAGAAUGUAGUCGGCGCCAGGCGAUCUUCCUGGAGGGUCAUCAGCAGCAUCGAGCAGAAGACCAUGGCCGACGGGAACGAGAAGAAGCUGGAGAAAGUGAAAGCUUACCGGGAGAAGAUCGAGAAGGAGCUGGAAACAGUGUGCAACGACGUCCUGGCCCUGCUGGACAAGUUCCUCAUCAAGAACUGCAAUGAUUUCCAGUACGAGAGCAAGGUGUUCUACCUGAAGAUGAAAGGCGACUACUACCGCUACCUGGCAGAGGUGGCUUCCGGGGAGAAGAAAAACAGUGUGGUCGAAGCUUCCGAGGCGGCCUACAAGGAAGCCUUUGAAAUCAGCAAAGAGCACAUGCAGCCGACGCACCCUAUCCGGCUGGGCCUGGCCCUCAACUUCUCCGUGUUCUACUAUGAGAUCCAGAAUGCGCCCGAGCAGGCCUGCCUCUUAGCCAAACAAGCCUUCGAUGACGCCAUAGCUGAGCUGGACACACUAAAUGAGGAUUCCUAUAAGGACUCCACGCUCAUCAUGCAGUUGCUGCGAGACAACCUCACCCUCUGGACGAGCGACCAGCAGGAUGAAGAAGCAGGAGAAGGCAACUGAAGAGCCUGCAGGUUCCCGCCCUUCCUCCACCCACCGCCCCCCUCAUCACUGAUUCUUCCUUGCCACAAUCACUAAAUAUCUAGUGCUAAACCUCUCUGUAUUGGCAGCACCGCUACUCAGAUCUGCUCCCCCGCCCCCUGGGAAGCAGUUUCAGAUCCAUCUUCAUGGGCAUUGCUGGAUCGAUGGUUGCUUGGAGCCCACGGGAGCUUUCUUUUGAAUUGUGUAGACAAGUGCGUUCUGAAUGAGGCAUUUUACUAUGCCUGUUGGUAGUUGUGAAAGCGAUGGGGAAGUUUAGAAAGGAGAAUUAGCCAAAACCGGCUACAAUGAUAUUUAAAUGAUCCAUUUAAAAUGAGCUGAUAGUGUUUUGUUAAUAAGCAGUACAUCUUGUGCAUGCAAAAAAGAAUUCAUCCCUCCCACCUCUUCUUCCUUCAACUAAUGGAAAACUGUUAAGGGAAGCUGAUACAAAGAGAACACUCCCUUCUUUCCGUCAGCUUUAUAUAAACUGUUCACGUGAGGUUUCAGUAGCGCCUUGUUUUGCCUCUUUAAGUUAUGAUGUGCACAAACCUUCUUAAAUGCAGUGCAUCUAAAGUUUUGAUACCUGUAACUUUGUUUUGGUUGCGAUUGUUUAAGAAUCAUGGAUUUAUUUUUUGUAACCCUUUGGCUAUUGUCCUUGUGUAUCCUGACAGCACCACGUGUGUCAGCCCCUGUCAAUCAAGAUGGGUAAUUAUUGAAAUGCCAGACUUCUAAAUUAAAUGUUUUGGAAUUCAA